CUCAUUCGAUCAUUUCAAUGUCGAGUAUAUCGUCGAGCAGCACGAGCUCCGGAAGUUCGACUUCCGGCGGAAACGUACAAAACACUGCGACAGUUGCUAACCUAAGCUUUGACUCUGCUUCGUGCGAUAGUCCAAAAGCUUUUCAUAGAUCUGGCACACUGAACAGUCAAUGCUCCGUAGAAAGUGGAAUAAUAGCAGAUAUAUCAUUAGGUGUGGAUGAACGCCCCGAAAGUCCGAAGGCUACUCACUGGCCAUUGGAGAAAUCUAAUUCGCGACAUUCAAGUAGUUCUGAUGGGACUGCAACAACUACUCCUACACAAUCUGAUGAUACGCAAGUCACUACCAUAUACAUCGUGCCAGAUGAUCUGCCCGUUAACAUUUAGUUGAUUAAGUUUCAAUGGACCAAAAAGCUGUGCUAUUUAAUUUAAU